UCUCACUUCAUCAUUCUCCAGCUUCCUUUGCCUUUUGCUUUCUCUUCACAACUUGGGUCCUCUUCCCGUUUCUGAUUCCAUCAACAAGAAACAACAAUGUCCUCUCUGACCGUCCCACCGGUCCUGUCCUCCCCAAGAGACGACGCCAUCCUCCUCCACAAAGCCUUCAAGGGCUUCGGCUGCGACAAGGCCGCCGUCAUCAACAUCCUCGCCCACCGCGACUCCACCCAACGCGCCUACAUCAUGCACGAGUACCGCACCAUGUACCACGAGGACCUCAACCGCCGCCUCUCCUCCGAGCUCAGCGGAAAUACCAAGAAAGCCCUCCUCCUCUGGACCCACGACCCUCCCACCCGCGACGCCACCAUCGUCCGUGAAGCCCUCACCGGCCCCACCGUCGUCGACCUCCGCGCCGCGACUGAAGUCAUCUGCUCUCGAACCUCAACACAGAUCAUGCAGUUCAAACAAAUCUACUUCACCCUGUUCGGUUCCUAUCUCGAACACGACAUCGAGGCUCAAGCUUCGGGAGAUCACAAGAACCUGCUUCUCUCUUACGUCGCCACGCCGAGGUACGAGGGUCUGGACUUCGACAGGCUCAUGGCGGAGAAGGACGCCAAGGCUUUAUUCAAGGCCGGAGAGAAGAAGCUUGGGACGGACGAGAGGAAGUUCAUUGAGAUCUUCAGCGGGAGAAGCAGCGCGCAUCUGAAUGCUGUGAGUGCUGCUUAUCACAACAUGUAUGGGAGCUCUUUGAAGAAGGCUGUGAAGAAGGAGACGUCGGGGCUCUUCGAACAUGGGCUGGUGACGAUUCUGCAGUGCGCUCAACAUCCCGGGAAGUAUUUCGCCAAGGUUUUGCAUAAUUCGAUGAAGGGUUUGGGGACAGAUGAUAGUACACUUGUGAGGGUGAUUGUGUCGAGGGCGGAGAUCGAUUUGCAGUACAUAAAGGUUGAGUAUCAGAAGAAGUACGGCAAGAGUUUGGGUGAUGCUGUCAAGUCUGAGACUUCUGGGAAUUACAGGGAUUUUCUUCUGGCUAUUAUAGGCCCGAGUCAUUAGCCUCAAGUGUGCUGGGUGUUUCAAUUUCGUGUCUGUUUAUUACUAGUUUAGGCUCUGAUCUAGAACUAUGGCGCGAUUUUUUCAUUCCUUGACCUGAUUAUGUAAAGUUGUGAAAUUUGUGGUUGUAGAUGAUGAAAUGUUAGCUUUGAUUAAGAAAUUUGACAUUGCCAAAGAGGCUAGUAGUCCUGUUUCCAAGUU